UGUGGGAGGGGGGUUGAGGGUCCCCGCUCUCAGGGUCCUGGGCUGCGAACACUCAUUCGACCCCCUGUCGGGCCCCGUGACCCCCAGUGGGGGUGGGAGGGUUGAAGGCCCAGUAACGAACCCCGACCACUCUGCACCAGCGCUCUCCUGUAACAGGCCGUGCCACGGAAAGGUGACCUGCCUUGGGCAGGCGGUGCCAUGGAGCCAGAGACCCGCAGCAUCCAGAUUGAGUUCCCGCACUAUGCUGCGGUGCUGCUGGAAUCACUCAACAAGCACCGCCUGGAGGGCAAGUUCUGCGACAUCUCCAUCCACGUGCAGGGCCAGGUCUUCCAGGCUCACAAGAGUGUGCUGGCCGCCUCCUCGCCCUACUUCCAUGACAAGCUGCUCCUCAACGACACCAACUGCAUUGUGCUGCCCAGUGUCAUUGAGCCAGAGGCCUUUGAGAAUUUGCUGCAGCUCAUCUACUCUGGCCGUCUCAAGCUGCUGAUGGAGGCACUGCCCAGUCACCUGCUGGUGGCCAGCGGGCUGCAGAUGUGGCAGGUGGUGGACCAGUGCUCUGAGAUCCUUAAAGAGCUGGAGGGGGGACCCUGCCGCCCCUGGUCCAGCCGGGCAAGCGAGAGCCAGUCUCCCAGUAGCAGCAACUAUUUUGCCGUGAAGGACGACGGGGAACCAGGGGGCAGCAGCUCAGAGGGGCCAGGGCAUGGUGGGGUGUCAUCAGGCCGGGCAGCUCCAGGCUGCCUUGACAAUGAGGUGAUGAAGAUCCGGGUGUCACAGGAGGAAGAGGAGGAGGAAGAGGAGGAGGAGGACCAUCAGGCCCAGAUCUGUAGCGGCUCAAUGGACAAGGCUGUGAAGAUUGUACUGGAGGAAGAUGAAGAGGGUGGUGGCAGAGGUGGCUCCAAGGGGCCGUCUUCAGGGGAGCUGGACAGUGCCUUUCGUGGCCCCCGUGACCACCCCAAGAUCUUCUAUAUCAAGCAGGAGCGCUUUGACCCUGACGAGGCAGCAGUGGCAGCACUGGGAGGUGGUGUGAGUGCUGCAGGUGAGGCCAGCUUUCUCAAGUCGCUGGCACAGGGGCGGGCGUUGGGCAUGGCUGAGGUUCAGGGCCUGUGCCAGGCGGAGUUCCAGCCAAGCAGUGAAGUUAGCUAUAUAAUCCCUGCUGCAGGCACUGGUGCCGCCUCCUCCUCCUCCAUCACUGCCCCUGGCUUCACCAUUAAGGCCCAGCCCCUCUCCACUGAAGAGGCCGGGUUCCCCCAGAGCUCCUGGAAGCCAGUGGACCUACAUGGAAAUGAGAUAAUUGCCCAUGCAGUGCAUGGCCAGGUGGUGCAUGCGCCUGUUAAGAUUGUGACGGCACCUGAUGGAAAGAAGUUUGGCUGCCUGUGUGGCAAGCGCUUUGCUGUCAAGCCUAAGCGUGACCGGCACAUCAUGCUGACCUUCAGUCUGCGCCCCUUUGGCUGUUCCAUCUGCAACAAGAAGUUCAAGCUGAAACACCACCUGACGGAGCACAUGAAGACCCACGAUGGGAACCUGUAUUCAUGCGAGGACUGUGGGCGCAAGUUCCGUGUGCAGAACUGCUUCCUCAAGCACAAGGAGCUGUGCAAGGGCCAGGGCUGGGCCACUGCUUGCUGGACCUACAAAUAAAACCUGGGAUGGCACUGAGUGGAGGACUCCUGCCAGCCUUCUCUAGGCCUGAUCUAGCCCCUGAGUUCUGUUGCUCUGGAUCCUUGCGGAUCUGCCCUCCUGAGCUUGGUAACCUGCUCCAGGGCCCCGGGGACACCAAAACAUGAAAGGACACAAAUGGGAGCUGGGCAGACCAGGGGAUUUGGCCCCAGCAUGUUAGCUCCCCAUGCUGCUUCAUGGCUUAGUGUUUCUGACAUACAGAACCUGCCAUGGGUCAAAGGAGGGGAGAUGCCCCAGGCUAAUGUUGGAGCUCAGGGCAGGAGGAUGGAGCAAGAGGCUAAUGGGAACCUCAAGGCUAGGGAUUAACAGCCAUAUUACAUCCCUAUUCCCAGUCUGGCCUUGCCCUCCUCUGAAAGAAUACAGCUCUGUUGUGAGCGGACUCAACUGCUGGAUCCCACAUACUCUUCACUCAGCUGAGUCUGAGCAGAGCUGUGUCACUGUUCCUGCCUCUGGGUUUAUAAGGCACACUCCCAGGUGUGGAUUCCAUGGCUGCUACCUUUCCUUGGGAUGUGGGAAUCUGCAGCCUAACCACCCUAGCCACCAAAACCAGCACCUCAGCCUUCUCCAGCCCUCAACUGCUUGUACACAUUCCCUCAGAAUCCACCUUGCUGUGGGUGCUCAGGGCAGAUGACUAACCCCUUAGGGACAAUAAGGUAGGUGAGCAAAAAACACAGGCUCAGCAAAGUGAUUUCUUAAUCACAGACACUUUACUCUUAAAGCAGCGGAGUGUUACAGAUCUGUGCAAACCACCGUCCUGAGCUGCCCUCUAGUCUGAUCUCACUCCUGCGAGACUGAGUUCUGGUCAGUGACCCAGACAAGGCCGAGUCCCUACUGCCUUCUUCCCUUCAAUCCUGUCUUGUGGAGUGUGGCAGGGCAGCCCGCCCUUCUCCAGGAGCAUUCCCCUUAAACCUAGUCUCUGACCCUUCUGGACCAUGUGUCCAGUCUAGGAUAUUCCAACCCCAUGCCCUGUGAGGCCCAGUGAAGAAAACCAUUGCUCCUGAACUGGGCCAGUCUUUGAAUCAUCCAAAGUUGAUGGGCCUUGAUGGUCCAGUCAUUGAUGGUCCUUUCCCUGGCAGGGCAGUGUCUGGAAUAGACUGGCUGUGUCGAAGUCAGGCAAGCUUUUCUACACGGUGCACAGAAUGAGAGAGAGGCACAUAAACAGAAAUCAAAGCCAAAUGCAGUUCCCCAUUUGAUACAGACAUAACUCUCUUCUCUUGCAGUCACUGGCUAGGUCAGUAACCUGGAGGCUACAAACCCCAGCACCGUGGCAUGCAUGGGGAGGAUGGGGAAAGCUCAUUGUGGGAGCCAUGGUCAUAUAACUCUAGUGGUUUUGCCCAGGCUCCCUGGUCCACCACCCUCAUUCAAACCAGGCCCAGUGUGAGCUCCCCCUCCUGCCAGAGCAGCUCAGCCACUCCAUUCUCAACCCCUUCAUUGUGCUGUGAGGCACAUCCCAGGCCUAGGGACUCAGAUUCCCCUGUGAGCCACAGCACAAGGUUGGGGACAGGGGUAGAGGCUGGUGUGAAUGUGCUGUACACUAGAGAGUGUGGGUCUUUGCCCACCCUUCUAAUGGCUGGUGCACAAAGCAGGUGGCAGAGUGACAUGUUCAGAGCAAGCGCCAGAGGUCAGUUUUGUGGAGCUGAAGUCCCUGGGUCACUUCCACCGUAACCCAUGUGGGGGUGGGGUUGUCAGCCCCUCUGCAAUCCCCUUAGUCUGCUUGAUUUCUCCCCGUCUUCUGGCUUCAGCAGCCUCACCCAUUCUUGUCCCUGGUUUCCUGCUGUGGGUGUGUUUCUUAUUGGACUUGUUUUAUUUGCCCUCUUCUUCCCACCAGUUCCCUGCCGUGGUUCAUGCCCUUUGCCACUGGCAUCACUGGCUUGAGUGGGAAUCUGUUUCCUUGAAUAACACCUUGAGCCUUCUCACUCAGCCAAAGAGGGAAAGCCAUUCCCUUGUUUUUAAGUGUAUGCACCUCCCUGGGUCCCCCUGCAUGGGCUGUGCACACACAUCUCUUCACCGCAGCCUCUGCUAUUGGUGGUUAAGAACAUAAGAACAGCCAUGCUGCGUCAGACCAUUGGUCCAUCUAACCCCAUAUCCUGUCUUGUGACAGUGGCUGGUGCCAGAUGCUUCAGAGGGAAUGAAUAUAACAGGGCAAUUUAUCAAGGGCCAUCCUCUCUCAUCCAGUCCCAGCUUCUGGUAGUCAGAGGUUUAGGGACACCCAGAGCAUGGGGUUGUAUCCCUGAUUAUCUUGGCUAACAGCCAUUGAUGGACCUGUCCUCCAGGAACUUAUCCAGUUCUUUUUUCAACCCAGUUAUACUUUUGGCCUUCACAACAUACCCUGGCAAUGAGUUCCACAGGUUGUCUGUGUAUUGUGUGAAGAAAUACUUCCAUUUGUUUGUUUUUAAACCUGUUGCCUAUUUAAUUUCAUUGGGUGACCCCUAGUUCUUGUGUCACGGGAAUGAGUAAAUAAGAUUUCCUUAUUCACUUUCUCCAUACCAUUCAUGAUUUUAUAGACCUAUAUCAUAUCCCACCUUAGUCGUCUCUUUUCUAAGCUGAACAAUCCCAAUCUUUUUACUUUCUCUUCAUAUGGAAACUGAUCCAUACCCCUGAUCUUUUUUUUUUUAGUCCUUUUCUAUACUUUUUGCAAUUCUAAUAUAUCUUUUGAGAAAGGGGACCAGAAUUGCACACAGCAUUCAAAGUGUGGCUGUACUGUGGAUUUAUUUAGUGGCAUUAUGACAUUUUCUGUCUUAUUAUCUAUCCCUUUACUAAUGGUUCCUAACAUUCUGUAGCCUCUGGGUUGGGUUCAAGGAUUUUAAUUUCUUCCCUGUUGACUAGCUCAGGAACACUCCGUGUGGAUGUGAAUGAGAUUAGCUUGUUCCAGAGCAGGGUGCUGCUCUAGCAGGGGGUCCAUACAGACCAAGCAUUUCUGACCCAAGUAGCUUCAGUUUUCUGCAUGUUUUCUUUUGUCCCUGCUGGGGGGAGACUGAGCUGAAUCUGGCCAUCUCAGCAAAGUGAUGGCUGGGGAGGAGAUAGGGUUGUAACUACUAAUGUCUGAAGGUUGCCAGUGCCAAGGACUAGGGCGAAGGGAACAUGUAGGGCAGUGGUUCUCAAACUUUUGUACUAACCGUAAAUUUAAAAACACUUUUUAAUAUAUUUAACACCAUUAUAAAUGCUGGAGGCAAAGUGGGGUUUGGGGUGGAAGAUAACGGCUCACAACCCCCCUAUGUAAUAACCUCACAACCCCUUGAGGGGUCCCGACCCCCAGUUAGAACCCCUGACAUAGGGGGAUCCAAAUGGAGAGAGCUGAGAGUCACUGUUCCAGGAGCUCUGAAACAAUCCCCUGUCUCUGACGGACUGGUGGGAUCCCUUCCCUGAGGGGAGGGCUGGAGGAAGCUCAAUCUUGCCUUGGGACCCAAGGAUGGUUCAGAAACUCUGGCAUGGAGGGGAUCAUACAGGGAGAGUUCUGUGGAGAGGGGCAUGAACCAAUUAGCGCAGGGUUCUUGUGUGUAGCAGUUGUACAAACCCAAAUGUCUAUAUUGUAUAAAAUUUUGCUAUGGAAUCUAA